AUGAUGGAUUCCACCUUCGGUCAGACUUUUAUGUUCCUCACAAAGCUCGCAUGGAAUAGCCGGACAACACUCCCUCUCCUCAUAACAGCCGUCUUCCUGGCCAUGGAUUUCCGGAUGCAGGUAGAAUUGGAUCUUCACAUGGAGAAUCAGGAUUUCCAGAAUGACGGCUCAGUGGAUGAUCUCGAGGAUGAUGAGAGUGGUUCAUCAUCCGACUACUACUACGACAGUGAUUCCUCCAUAACAAACGAAGAGGAAGAACCUGAUCAUCAGGAAAUCCGGGAAAUUCACAGAAUACAACUUGGAAUCCAAUAA